AUGAAUCCAGUGAUGGGAUUCUGGGAGAAAUUGCGGAUGAAAUUAGAUCGUGUUUCAUCAACUCAAACAUCAACAUCAGAGAAUCAUAAAACAGAAACCAACACAACUACACCUAACUGUACUACAACUCAUUCGACAAAUAAUCCCGUUCCAACGCCAGUGACCGUGAAUGUCUAUGAUAUGUUGUGGAUAAAUGAUUACGUCAGUUCUCUUGGUAUUGGAGUUUAUCAUACAGGAGUUGUAGUUCAUGGAAUUGAAUAUUCAUAUGGUGGACAUCCAUUAACCAACUCUGGAGUAUUCUCUAUGUUACCAAGAGAUUCUGCUUAUUUAGGCGAAAAUUAUUCGUACAAAGUCACAUUGUCCAUGGGAUAUACAGAUUUUACAGCUUCCGACGUUCCUUUAUUACUAGAGAGUAUAACAACAGAUUAUCGUGGUGAUCAAUAUCAUUUAUUGAAUAAAAACUGUAAUCAUUUCUCUGAUACAUUUGUUCAGUUACUUUGUGGUCGAUCUUUGCCUAAAUGGAUAAAUCGAUUGGCUACAAUUGGUUCCAAACUUCCAUUAAUUGAACGUACACUACCAGUUGAAUGGUUGAAACCACAUCAACAGAUUAAUAAUCAUAUAAAUAAAGUCGAAAAAUAUGACAAUGAUAUAGAAUGUAUAGAACAAUCAAAUCAUUUAAAUAUACAGACUACUUCAUUGCCUAAUAUCCGAAGAAUUAGUACUAUAGAACGUUUACAAAAUUGUGUACAUCGUUUACAUAAAGGAAAUAUACAUAAACGUGAACAAAAUCAUCAUCCUCCUCAUCAUCAUCCUCAUCAUUUAAUAAAUUCUAUGAAAUCUGAUACAUAUUCAUUAAUUGAUAUUCCAUUGAAUGAAAAAACACAAAUAGAUUAUCAUUUAUAUUUAUAUUUAACACAAUAUGAAACAUUUAAUAAAUCUAAUUCUAAUGAUGGAUACAAUAAAAAAAUGAAUCCUUCUGUUACUAUGACAAAUAAUACAUUGAAUAUGAAUACAAAUCAUUGUAUAAAUCAUCAAUUUUCUGAUGAUUUAUUGACAAAUAGAAUAAUAUCAUCUCAUGGUAUUUCAUUACCAUCAUUAUCAUUAAAUCAUAUUGAUAACACUUGUAAAUCUAUAAAACGAUCUCAAUCUAUUGCAUUUGAUCAUAUCUAUCAAAAUAGAUAACAAUGAAUAUUGAAAAGAAAAGUUAAUAUAUUUUAUCUUUCAUAGAAACUUAUUCUCAGGAAAGUAAUUUACAGAUUCAUAGUGAUUUUUUUUUACAUUGAUUCUAAUUGGUUUUGUAUUAAUUGGUACAAUUUAGCUCAAAAUUUAAUUGAUAUAAAUUGAUAGUUUAUUUUUCACUUUUCUUUUCCCUUUUUUUCUCUCUCGUAUUUUCUUCUUUACAAUAUUGAUUGAUUGUAUUGUUGUAUUGUGUAGAUCUACCAUUCCAUACAUGGUAUACAUUUUUUUCUACAUUUUGAUAAUAAUAACAAAAAGAAAUACACGAAGAAAAUUAUUCAAAUAUAAAAAAGGAAUGAAAGUUUUAAUUGUUUGAUCAUGAGACUAUGAUUGAUGGACAACGUUGGAGUAAUGCUAAAGUGACUUUGAGAGAGUGUUCCCCUAAUAACUAGGACCAAAUGAUGGCUAUAAUUCAAUGUGUAGAAUUAGAAUUAUGAUUUACAUUUGAUGGUUAAGGUUUGGGAUUCGAUUUACAGUUUUCAUGCCAAAAUCUAAGAUUUUUUAUUGUUAUACCUCAUUUCGUUCGUUCAUAAAUUAUAGUCUCGUCAAUUGUUUGUUUAUUUUUUUUUACCAUUUACUAUCGAAUAUUUGUUUAAACAGAAAAGUGCAUAUGCACACAUAAUACAUAUACAUGACGAUUGUUAACCUUCAGUUGUUUUGUUUUGUUUUUCUCUAGUAAGAAAACAAAUAGAAUUAUAAAUUGUAUUUUAGGUAUUUUCUAAAAGAAAAGAAGAAGAAGAAGAAGAAGAGCUUUACAUAUAUUCAUAACAAGUAAAUAAACUUGUUUCCAUUGAAUUUGUUCAAUAAAUCUGUUUUACAUAUUAUCGUUUACUCAUUUAUUACAUAAUUCAUAAUAGUUGUAUUCUUUUUUUUUUUUUCAAAAUUUAAUCAAUAUAUAUAAUUGUUGCCAUAGUUUCUGUUUUGGUAUUUCUUUUUUUUUCUUUAGUUCAUAUGACAGGGUUCUCAAUUCUUUCCUUUUAAUCAAUUAGUAUUAAUAUAGUUUUUGUUCAAAUCAUUUUCUUUUUUCUUCUUCUUCUUCUUCAAUCAUUUAUGUUAUAAUUUAUGUAACUUCUCCGAGCAUUAUGUCAGAAUGUUCAAUUUUCAAACAAACAAAAAAGAGCGGUACAAUUUAAAUUGAUCAAUAUUCUAUUGUUUCUUUAGUUUCCUUUUUAUGUUGUUUUAAUAAUUAAUGAUUUAAUCUAAUUAUAUUGGUAUUGCUGAAUUUAAGAUCAGUUCAUGGUUAUUUGACAGUAUUGUUUUCUUUUCUUUUCUUUUUUAAUGGAUUUUUUUUUAUAUAUUUGUCUUUCAAAAAGAAUAAAAAAAUUCAUCUUUGAACUCGAGCUCUAAUGGUAAUGCAUUUAUUUGUUUAUUCAUAUUCAAUUCAAAUGGUUUAAACAAAAAUUAAUGGAAGUUUAUUUGUUUAUUAUAUCUGUCAAUCAGUUUUGUUUGAAUGUUGUUGUUGUUGUUGUUUUUUUGUUGGUUUGUUUGUUUGUUUUUUAUUUAUUUUGGAUUAUACGUUUGAUUAGUUCAAUUUAGGUUUUCUUUUCAACAAAACAAACUGUAUUAUCCAUAUGCGUAAGUGUAUUGUUAAUAUGGUUGUUAUUAUUA